AUGAAGCUGCUCGUCGACACCAAGGCGCAGCGCGUGCUGUACGCCGAGGGCAGCAAGGACGGACGUCGUCGACUUCCUCCUCUCCCUCCUGGCCCUCCCGCUCGCCGGGUCACCAAGCUCCUCACCGCCGGCGCCAUGGUCGGCUCCGUCGGCAACCUCUACGGCAGCGUCGAGAAUCUCGGCGAAGGCUACGCGUACCGCGGGGACGUCAAGGCCGCGCUUCUCGCGUCCACGGUACUCCGGCUGGACUCGCCGGACGCCGCCUCUUCCUCUACGGCCAAGAACGGCGCCGGCGCCCUUUACCGGUGCUUUGCCUGCUCGGGGAGCUGCCGCAACUUCGUGACGAAGGUGAACGCCACGCCGUGCCCGGUGUGCAGGAGCAAGAUGACAUCCCUGGUGCGCCUUGUUGAGCCGGACGAUGUCCCCGGCGGCGCCAAGAGCGCGAGGACGGCACCGGCGGCGUCUGACGAGGCAAGCUGCAAGGGCCACGUUCCGGCCGGCACGGUGACCUACACCGUGAUGGACGAUCUCACCGUCUCUCCGUCGUCCACCGUCUCCGCCAUUGCCGCGCUCGUCGCCCUUGGCGUGAUGGACAUCAGGGGACUGAAACAGAAGAUCGUCGAGGUCGGCUACAAUGAACUUGUGUCAACGGAGACAAAGACCACGAAGCCGAGUGGCGCGCUGACCAUGAAGCUGCUGGUGGACACCAAGGCGCAGCGCGUGCUGUACGCGGAGGCCGGCAAGGACGUCGUCGACUUCCUCUUCUCCCUCCUCACCUUGCCCGUCGGCACCGUCAUCAGGGUUCUCUCCAAGGACUCCAUGGUCGGCUCCAUCGGCAAGCUGUACGCCAGCGUCGAGGAGCUCGACGCCACCUACCUACGCUCCGCCGACGCCAGGAACGUGCUGCUGGCGCCGUCCGGUGGAUUCAAAUGCGGCAAGCUCCUCCAGCUGCCGGAGACGGCGGCGGCGCCUGCCACCGUGGUUUACCGGUGCAGCACGCAAGCUUACGACCGGUGCGACAACUAUGCUGCCAAGGUUUCUGGCUUGCCUUGUAAGGUUACAGCGUGCUCGGGCAAGAUGACGGCUGUGAUGAAGCUCGUGGUGCCAUCCAUCGGCGUCGUUGCAUCGCUAGCGCCAUCUGCAGUUGCAGCCACUGGUUUUGUGCUGGCGGUGGCGACUUACACGGUCAUGGAUGACCUCAAGGUGGCGCCCGUGUCCACCAUCUCGGGCAUCACUCUGCUCAACUCCUUCGGCGUCACUGACCUCGGCUCUCUCCAGGAGAAGAUCAUGCAGAUCGGCUACACCGAGGGUUUGGCGAUGCUGAAGGCGUCGCUGCAGUCGGAGACGGUGCUCACCGAUGUCUUCCUUGGCAAGAAGCGUAAGGCCUGA